AUGUACUCAGAGUGGAGAUCCUUGCAUCUUGUCAUUCAAAAUGAUCAAGGUAAUACCAGUGUACUUCACAGCUAUCCCGAAAACGUGGGGAGAGAAGUGGCAAAUGCAGUGGUGCGUCCUCUUGGACAAGCUUUAAUCACAUCAUCUGUUGGAAGUGAGAGUUUACUAAAAACAGACAAAGAAGUAAAAUGGACCAUGGAGGUGGUUUGCUAUGGACUGACCCUCCCUCUGGAUGGCGAUACUGUGAAAUACUGUGUCGAUGUAUAUACAGAUUGGAUUAUGGCUCUUGUGUUACCUAAGGACUCCAUUCCUUUACCAGUUAUUAAGGAACCAAACCUUUAUGCUCAAAGCAUUCUCAAACAUCUCCAAAAUCUCUUUGUACCAAGGCCAGACCCAGGAUCUAGUCAAAUUAGAUUGUGCUUGCAGGUUUUGAAAGCUGUCCAGAAACUGGCUCGUGAAUCCACAAUUAUGGCGAGAGAAACCUGGGAGGUUUUGUUAUUAUUUCUUCUUCAGAUCAAUGACACUCUUCUAGCAGCUCCAACUGUGCAAGGUGGCAUUGCUGAGAAUCUCGCUGAAAAAUUAAUUGGCGUGCUGUUUGAGGUGUGGUUACUGGCUUGUACGCGGUGCUUUCCAACACCACCUUACUGGAAAACUGCCAAAGAGAUGGUGGCCAACUGGCGACAUCACCCUGCAGUAGUUGAGCAGUGGAGCAAGGUCAUCUGUGCCCUUACUUCCAGAUUGCUGCGUUUUACAUAUGGACCUUCAUUUCCUCCAUUCAAAAUUCCCGAUGAAGAUGCUGGUCUGAUUCCUCCUGAAAUGGAUAAUGAGUGCGUUGCACAAACUUGGUUUCGCUUUUUACAUAUGCUGAGUAAUCCUGUGGAUUUGAGUAACCCAGCCAUUAUUAGCUCUACCCCCAAAUUUCAGGAGCAAUUUCUGAAUGUGAGUGGGAUGACUCAAGAACUGAAUCAGUACCCCUGCCUUAAACAUCUGCCUCAAAUAUUCUUUCGUGCCAUGCGUGGGAUCAGCUGUCUAGUGGAUGCAUUCCUAGGCAUUUCACGACCCCGGUCAGAUAGUGCGCCACCCACGCCGGUCAAUCGGCUGAGUAUGCCCCAGAACACUGCUAUCAACACCACUCCACCCCAUAACCGAAGGCAUCGGGCAGUGACUGUGAAUAAAGCAACGAUGAAAACUAGCAGUGUAACUACUGCACAUGCAUCAAAAGUGCAGCACCAACCCUCCUCUACUUCUCCACUCUCUAGCCCAAACCAGACGAGUUCUGAGCCACGGCCGCUACCAGCUCCUCGCAGGCCAAAGGUUAACAGCAUCUUGAACCUCUUUGGAUCGUGGUUAUUUGAUGCAGCAUUUGUUCACUGUAAACUUCAUAAUGGAAUAAACAGAGACAGCAGCAUGACUGCAUCUUUUAUCCAAAUUCUUCUUUCUUAUAAAUCUUCUAUAGCAACGCAAGCUAGCGUGGAGUUUCGCCGGAAAGGAUCACAAAUGUCCACAGACACAAUGGCUUCCAACCCCAUGUUUGAUGCGAGUGAAUUCCCAGACAACUAUGAAGCGGGAAGGGCAGAGGCGUGCGGGACACUGUGUAGGAUAUUUUGUAGCAAGAAGACUGGGGAGGAAAUAUUACCAGCUUACCUAUCCCGAUUUUACAUGCUUUUAAUUCAGGGUUUGCAGAUAGCAGAUUUCGUUUGCCACCCCGUUCUUGCCAGUGUUAUUCUAAACUCCCCUCCUUUGUUCUGCUGUGACCUGAAAGGGAUUGAUGUCGUCGUUCCUUAUUUCAUUUCAGCUCUUGAGACAAUUUUACCUGACAGAGAACUCUCAAAGUUUAAAAUCUAUGUAAACCCCACAGAGCUAAGAAGAGCUUCGAUUAACAUCUUGCUGUCUCUGUUGCCUCUCCCUCAUCAUUUUGGAACCAUAAAGUCUGAGGUUGUGCUGGAAGGGAAAUUCAGCAAUGAUGACAGCUCAACAUAUGAUAAGCCAGUAACCUUCCUUUCCUUGAAGCUGAGGCUUGUGAAUAUACUUAUAGGAGCUUUGCAAACAGAAACAGAUCCCAACAACACUCAAAUGAUACUAGGUGCAAUGCUAAAUAUUGUUCAAGAUUCAGCACUGUUAGAAGCCAUUGGCUGUCAGAUGGAAACGAACGGUGGUGAAAAUAACCUCUUCAAAAGCCACAGUCGUACUAACAGUGGCAUUAGCACUGCAAGUGGAGGUAGCACGGAGCCCACCACACCAGACAGUGAGAGACCAGCACAAGCCCUUCUGAGGGAUUAUGCUCUUAAUACAGAUACCGCUGCUGGGCUACUGAUACGCAGUAUUCACCUGGUAACCCAAAGACUCAACUCACAGUGGAGGCAGGACAUGAGUAUCUCUCUGGCUGCACUGGAGCUUCUGUCUGGACUGGCAAAGGUGAAAGUGGUGGUAGAUUCCUCCGAUCGGGAGAGAGCUAUUAGUUCAGUGUGCAGCUACAUAGUGUACCAGUGCAGUCGCCCAGCCCCGCUCCACUCCCGCGACCUUCACUCCAUGAUAGUCGCAGCUUUCCAGUGCCUCUGUGUCUGGCUCACUGAGCACCCCGACAUGCUGGAUGAGAAGGAUUGUUUAAAAGAGGUGCUGGAGAUUGUGGAGCUGGGCAUUUCGGGAAGUAAAUCCAAAAACAGUGAACAAGAGGUCAAGUACAAAGGAGAUAAGGAGCCAAACCCUGCAUCCAUGAGAGUGAAGGAUGCUGCUGAAGCUACACUAACGUGUAUUAUGCAGUUACUUGGAGCUUUUCCUUCUCCCAGUGGCCCUGCUUCUCCUUGCAGCUUGGUGAAUGAAACCACGUUAAUUAAAUAUUCUCGUCUACCUACCAUAAACAAGCAUAGCUUCCGUUACUUUGUGUUGGAUAACAGUGUCAUCCUGGCGAUGUUGGAGCAGCCUCUAGGGAAUGAACAGAGUAAGUUCUUCCCCUCUGUCACGGUUUUGAUCCGUGGGACAUCUGGAAGAUUUGCAUGGGCCCAGCAACUCUGUCUCUUGCCAAGAGGAGCUAAAGCAAAUCAAAAGGUCUCUAUCAAAGCCC